CACGUGAUUAUCAGCUGACCCAACAACAAGUCGAGGAAGCAGGCUAUCACAAAUUAAGUAUUGCUAGGCUUAUUUUGAUAGCCUCAGUUAUGGAGUCUGCACUUGAAGAGCAUCUUGACGAAACCAUGAAGAAUCCAGCGGUGGUCGGUGUUCUCUGCACAGACCAACAGGGGCAUACGCUAGGCUGUCGAGGCUCUUUAACUGAUGACCAGGGUGGAGUUGUGUCUGUGUUGGCCCAACAAGCAGCAGCCCUUUGCAAAGAUCCGACAGACACUCCUACUGUGGUCCUGGAGUCUGACUCGGGGAAUAUCCUAGUGAGGAGGCAUGGCACAAUCACAGUUGCUGUCCACAAAAUCGCAUCAUGAAAACAAAAACGUGAGGCCUGACACAUCUUUCUAGUGCGGGGCCCCACAGAGAUAUAAGAGCCUCACCUAGCGUUUAGUAAAAAAAAAAGAGAAAAAAAAGAGUAAAAUAAAUACAAAUAAAAAAAAUAUUUAAAAGGUUUACCGAUCCAUUGGUGGUAUUUUCCCGUUAGCUAAUUUGCAAGAGGUUUCUUCGGCACUUCCACUGGCACACCCCAGUUGAGCCUUUCACAUUUCUACAGAGACCGGCUACAUGCUGAUUGGUUGAUUUUACAGCUCAAAUUUAAAGCUAGAAACUUUGUUCUAGCCAACAAAAUGAAAUGAAAAAGCGAAAACAAAGAAUUAAAACAAAUUUUGGCUAAAGAGCUCAAAGACUAGCCAGGCUGGCAGGUGUGCUUGAAACCAGCAAUAACACCCACUGUUAUUUCAGACAUUUAUUGUUUAUCUGUUGCCACAGCAACUCAUCCCACAGUUUUUGCACUAUGUAGACAUAAGUGUAACAAUUUUUCUUUCGGGGGGUGUUUAGGGGUGGGGGAGGGCUGACGCUCUGUUCUUGCAGGGGACCACAAUAAUUUAACAUACGCCAAUGGAGAAGUCGGUCUAUAAUAAUUUGUACAGUGAAUGCUAGUGACCAUCAUGUGUUCACACAUUCUGAAUCCAUGUAAAACAGAAGGUGCAGUCAAAAAUGUAUUCCCGUCUUGGCUUAAAAAAGGUAUUUAAUGUAGAAAAGAUGUGAAUAAUGAAUUAUUCGAAUGUCUAUUUUAAAUAAAUUCCACUGUGCAUAGAUGAGCAACACUAGGCUUAUGUUAAUGUGAGACCUUAGUGGGCUUUACAGUUUUUUCCGAUUGCUUAGACAGAAAUGUCAAAUAACAGUCAGUAAAACUUGACACUCAAGGAGCAAAACAGCAGCCCAGAUCUGCACAACUAUAAGCACAUUCUCAGCCUCACACUAUUAGCAAAAUACUACACACAGUGUUUUGAAACAUUUAACAAACUUUUCUACAUUAGACACAGAAAUAUAAGAUUGUCACUUAAUUGCCUUUUCAAGACACUGCCUUGUAAAAUGCCACACACGUGGACGAAUGGAUCAAACACGGGCGUCAGGUGUACAAGCACUAAAGUGCUGAAAUGUGAACAUACCAAUCAGGUGUAAGCACUAUAAAAAGGCAACAGGGGGCAUUCCAGAAAGCAGGUUAUGUGACAUACCCGGGUAUGUUAACUCCCCAGCUGACACCCAGUUUUGUAGCAACAUUU